UCUGUCUGUCGUUUGAGUAGAUAGGUUUAAAACUUUCUGUUUAAACAUUUAUUCUUGURMUUUUACAUUUAUACAUGAUGAACGGACACGCUACAGUGAUAGAAAAUAACUUGGGGACACCUAAGAUACGCAAAGGAUCAUAUAUAGCUCCUAUUGAUGAAGAAUCCAUCACAUUGAUAUUUUCACCGGGAAAUGAUAGCGUCGGAACACUGGCUAAGGCAUUAAAACUCUUCAAGGAAUACAACGUGAACCUGUUGCAUAUAGAAUCCCGGUCGUCGGACAGGAUACCGGAUCAGUAUGAGUUUUUUGUCGAAUGCGCGCCCGGGGGUAACGUCCCAAAGGUGGUAGAAAUAUUGAAGGGCACAAUGACAUACUGUUCGGUAGUGUCCAGGAAUAAACUCAAGGACAGCAAAGUGAAAGACAAUUACGUUCCGUGGUUCCCGUUGCGGAUUAGGGACUUGGAUAAGUACGCCAAUCAGAUCCUAUCGCAUGGAGCUGAACUGAACGCCGAUCAUCCCGGGUUCACGGAUCCUGUGUACAGAAUGAGGAGGAAGUAUUUGGCAGAUACCGCGUUGAAUUAUAGACAUGGAGAUCCAUUACCUUAUAUCGAGUACACCGAACAAGAAGUGAAGACUUGGGGUACCGUGUUCAGAGAACUAACUAAAUUGUAUCCGACGCAUGCGUGCAAUGAAUAUAAUCACGUGUUUCCCCUGUUAGUUGAAAACUGUGGUUAUCGAGAGGACUGCAUACCGCAGUUCGAAGAUAUUUCCAAUUUUCUUAAGGACAGUACCGGAUUUACUUUAAGACCAGUUGGUGGACUUCUUUCGUCCAGAGACUUCUUAGCCGGAUUAGCUUUCAGAGUAUUCCAUUCCACACAAUACAUCAGACACCAUAGUCGACCAUUAUACACGCCUGAACCGGACAUUUGUCAUGAACUGUUGGGCCAUGUACCGUUGUUCGCUAACCCAGCUUUUGCACAAUUUUCUCAAGAAAUUGGACUGGCGUCGCUUGGCGCCCCCGACGAUUACGUUAAAAAAUUGGCCACGUGUUAUUGGUUCACCGUCGAGUUCGGACUGUGCCGUCAGAAUGGCGAGCUGAAGGCGUACGGCGCCGGACUGCUGUCGUCGAUCGGUGAACUCCAAUACUCGUUGUCAGGCAAACCGGAGCUGAAGUCUUUCGAUCCCGAGGUGACCGGCAACCAGGAUUAUCCGAUCACCGAGUAUCAGCCCACAUAUUUCGUCGCYGAGAGCUUCGACGACGUCAAGGACAAACUUAUAAAAUUUGCAAAGACGAUACCGAAACAAUUCGGAAUCCGCUACAACCCGUACACGCAGAGCGUGCAGGUGCUGGACUCGAAACUGCAACUGCAAGAGCUGGCCAACAACAUCAGCAACGAGCUACAGAUAUUGCGCUACACGCUCAACAAGAUGGAUUGAACACUAAAAUGCAUUUUUUUUUACCUGUGUAUUAUGUGUAUUAUGUGUAUAAUAUGAUAAUAGUGUAAUGUCCCAUUAUUAAUAUUAUUAUUAUUAUUAUUGUAUUAUUAUUAUUAUUAUGCCGACGUUGCUGUUAUAAUGUUGUUGCAGUUGUGUCGUAUUUAUCGUAAUUAUAUUGUUAGAUUGUUAC